UAAUUCUCUUUAAUGAAAACAAUUUGGCAAUUUCUAUCUAUAAAUAGACUGGCCAAGCUUGUCUAAAACCUGUCUUCUUCUUCUUGUUUUUUUUUCCUCUUAAACACUAGCUACCAUUUCUUUGAUCUUCUUAUAUCAUUUUCUUGGUGCAAUUGAAGCAAGCUAAAAUGCCUGCAGUAGUGAUAGCUGUUGGUGACAACAAAAGGGAAUAUCCAGGCAACCUUACUCCUUUUGUCACUGUAACAUGUGUUGUUGCAGCCAUGGGUGGCUUGAUCUUUGGUUACGAUAUUGGGAUUUCUGGUGGAGUUACGUCCAUGCCAUCAUUCUUGAGGAAGUUUUUUCCAUCUGUUUACCGUAAACAGCAAGACUCCAUUACAAACAAGUACUGCCAAUAUGAUAGUCAAACACUAACCAUGUUCACUUCUUCUCUGUAUUUGGCUGCUUUAUUGGCAUCACUUGUGGCAUCCAUAGUCACUCGUAAAUAUGGAAGGAAACUCUCCAUGUUGUUUGGAGGUCUUCUCUUCUGUGCUGGCGCCAUCAUCAAUGGUUUUGCUAAAGCUGUAUGGAUGUUGAUUCUUGGUAGAAUCUUGCUUGGUUUUGGUAUAGGCUUUGCCAAUCAGUCUGUGCCACUCUACCUCUCAGAGAUGGCUCCGUACAAGUACAGAGGUGCACUCAACAUUGGUUUUCAAUUAUCAAUCACGGCUGGUAUCCUGAUUGCCAAUGUAUUAAACUAUUUCUUUGUUAAAAUCCAUGGUGGUUGGGGAUGGAGAUUGAGUUUGGGUGGUGCUAUGGUUCCUGCACUCAUAAUCACAGUUGGAUCAUUAGUCCUUCCUGACACUCCAAACUCUAUGAUCGAACGUGGCCAGCAUGAUGAGGCUAGAGAAAAAUUGAAAAGAGUUCGUGGUGUUGAUGAUGUUGAUGAGGAGUUUAGUGACCUUGUUGCUGCUAGUGAAGCUUCAAAGAAAGUUGAACAUUCAUGGAAAAAUUUGUUGCAAAGAAAGUACAGGCCUCACGUAGCUAUGGCUGUAAUGAUUCCAUUCUUUCAGCAACUUACUGGCAUCAAUGUCAUUAUGUUUUACGCUCCUGUUUUGUUCAACACGAUUGGUUUUGGUAAUGACGCUGCGCUCAUGUCUGCUGUGAUCACCGGUAUUGUUAAUGUUGUUGCUACCAUGGUUUCUAUCUACGGUGUUGAUAAGUGGGGAAGAAGGUUUCUCUUCCUUGAAGGUGGCUGUCAGAUGUUGAUAUGCCAGAUAGUUGUAGCAGCUUGUAUCGGUGCCAAGUUUGGAAUUGAUGGGAACCCUGGUGAAUUGCCCAAGUGGUAUGCUAUUGUUGUGGUGCUUUUCUUCUGCAUUUACGUUGCUGGAUUUUCCUGGUCUUGGGGUCCUCUUGGUUGGUUGGUGCCGAGUGAAAUCUUCCCAUUGGAAAUCCGAUCAGCUGCACAAAGUGUCACCGUGUCUGUCAACAUGCUUUUCACAUUCAUAAUUGCCCAAGUUUUUCUAACAAUGCUUUGCCACUUGAAGUUUGGGAUCUUCCUCUUCUUUGCAUUCUUUGUGGUGCUGAUGUCCAUCUUUAUCUACUACUUCUUGCCUGAGACUAAGGGCAUUCCCAUUGAAGAGAUGGGACAGGUAUGGACGACACACUGGUUCUGGUCACGAUUUGUUACCGAUGAAGAUUAUCCCAAGGGAGGAGGCUAUGAGAUGACCAAAGGAGGACAAGGCCCGAAGAGUGUGUAGUAUAAUUAAACUUGGGCUGGAUCAGUUAGUUGUCUCUUUUGGUUUUUGGUAGCAGUGCAUGCCCUACUGCUUUCAUGUCAUAAAUUAUAUGAAAUAGCUCUGAGAUUUGUCCCGAAAUGACGAGUGUCCAGAGCUUUAUGUAGUCAACAGAAAUUCCAGUGCAUCGAUAAGAAUCUAUUAUGUGAAAAUAUUAUUAAUUAAGACCAA